AUGUAAGAAUAUUAAAACUAUAGCUUUCUUAACGAUAUACCAAACUAAAAAAUUUAACUCACAGAAGAAAGCUGUAAAAUUAUCGAAAAGCUUGAGUUAAAAGAGAAAAAUUACCAAAAAAAGAUUCUCCAACUUUAAAAAGAAAACAUCAUUCUUACUAAUAACAUAAAGGACUUAGAAGAUUAAAAGAAGAGAUUGAGAUAAUAAAAGUUAGAAUAUUAAAAGGAAUUAGAAUUAAGCAAACAUAAGAUUACUAUUUUAGAAAAUGAAAUAGAUAAUAUUGAAAUAGUUCAUAGCUGUACAAGCAAUUCAGGUUUUAAUAAAGAUUCUCCUGAAAAAAGCUUCAAGAAGCUAAGGAGAAAGAUUUUAGACUAUAAAGAUAAAUUUUAAAUUGAUACAAGCAAAAAAGAAGAAAUUAUUCAAGAAAAUAUUAGGCUAAAUACUGUGAUAGAAGAAAUGUAAGCAAAACUUGAAAAGGCUAACUAAGUUUAAGAUGAAAUUGAUAAAUAUGAAAAUAUAUUUGAUCAAUAAACCAUUUCUUUUAAAAAAAUACAAGCUAUAUUGUAAGGAUUUUUUAAUGAUUUUGAGGAAAUAAGGGUGUAUUAAUAAUUAGAAAGUGACUUAAUUUCAACUAAUUUUUUAUAGUUUUCACAGAAAAUAAACAGCCUUAAUAGCGAUACUCUUAUUAUUAGCAAUGAACUUAUUUAGGAGACCAUUUUAACUUUAUUAAAUUAGAUAGAAUUUGGGAUUAAGGCAAGUUUAAAUUUAAAAAAAUCAUAUGUAGAAAUAUCAGAUUAGCUGCAAUUAAAAGAUUCAGAAAAUGAAUAACAAUAUUUAUAAUUCGAAAAUAUGCAAAAAUAAUUAUAAGAUGCUCUUGAUGCAAGAGAAUUAUAUGAAAAUGAAAAUAAUUAUUUAAAAAGUUAAAUAGAAGAAUUAGCAGAACAAUACCUCUAAGAAAAAAAUAUGAUAUUAAAAAAGUUUACAAUUGAGGCUUAAGAAGAGUAAUUCUAACUAAAAUCUGAAACUGAAAAGCUGUAAAAAGAAAAUUAAUUUUUAGAUGAAAUCAUGAAUAAGUUAGUGAACUUAAUGCCAAGUUAAGACACUUAAGAACUUAUUUAAGAAAUAGUAUCAAGGGCAAGAAGUAUAUUAGUUAUUGAAAAGGAAAGAAUAUAUAUAGAAUAGCUGCUUUAGAUAAACGAAUAAAAUAUGAAGUUAGCGAUUUAAUCUUUGCCAUAGGAUAUCACAGAUGAUGAUGUUUGUGUAAUAAGAAAGAACGUAGAAAGGUUUAGAGAAAGUCUGAAAAAUUGCUCUUAGCAAAAAUAAAUGCUAGUCAAUGAACUUAGUGAUUUACUUUCAAAGCUAGAUAGAGCUGCAAUAAUAUAAGCCCAUAGACUUCAAGCAAUAAGAUCUACAGAAUAAGAUGAAAUAAUCAAUCAAGCUUAUUUAGAUUUAAUUGAAAAAGAAAAGUAAAUUUAAAAGAACUAGAAUAGCAGCAAAACAUAGAAAGAUACUUAAGAAAUAGUUUAUAGAUCUGCUAGAGAACUGCUACAGCAAAAAGUAAAAAGAGAAGGAAAUCCUUUACUUUCAAAGAAUACUUAAUAAAGAAAUUAAGACUUGAUAUAAGAAGAACUAGAAAUUGAUUAAAAAUUAAAAUCUUCACUGUAAAAUGGCAGCUUCACAAUUAAGUCUAUUCUAUCAAAUAACCGAUCAUAUAAAGAGCAGGCAUUACUAGUUGAAAACGAUUAAAGUCUAAUAAAAAAUAAAAAAAAGGAUUUAAGCGAACUUCUAGAAGAUGAUUAAAACAAAGAUAAAAGUCUUUUAUAGAAGCACAUGCUAUUAAAAAGAAACCAAUUUAUUGUUAGAGGGGAAAACCCAUUAAAUUUAGAUAUUGAUAAGAGCUAGGAUGAUUAUUUUUCCAAGCUUGACUACUCAAAAAGCAAUGCUUCUGAAAUAAAUUUAGGCUAAAUUGAUCAAUAAAAUUAGGAAAAAGAUGAUCUAUGA